AUGGUGAACAAACUGAGUGGUGUUGAUCGUGUGCGAGCUCAUCUAUUAGGAGAAGGCCCAGGCAGCAAGGAUAUUGUGAGUUGUCCUCUCAUCCCAGGUAACAAGAAAGCGGAUCUGCUCAAUAUGCAAAAGGUUAUUGAUUCCGAGAAAGGGGCAAGGGGGAAGAAACGGCCGAAUGAAUCUGGUGGUGCUUCUGUCCAAGGAUUUCCACUGGUGGUAUCAUCCCAGUCAAGUGGAAGUGGCUGCAGUUCCCUAUUUUUUAGCAAACAGAGUCAAGUCCAUAUUGUUGAUUCGAUGGAUCCUGAGCGGAAGAACCGAGUUGAUGUGGCUAUCGGAAGAUUUUUCUGGAAUGAACACAUUCCAUUUGUCAAGGCUCGGUCACCUUACUUCCUCAACAUGAUACAGGAAGUUGCCAGGCAUGGUGUGCCUUAUGCACCACCAAAAUAUGAUGAUCUCCGGGAUAAGCUUUUGGUGAAAGAGAAACGAUUCAUUGACAUUGAGAUGGCGUCCUUGAGGAAGCAGUGGGAGCAGAGGGGUGCAACCAUAUGCGCAGACGGGUGGGCAGAUAGGAGGAAUCGGCAUAUCAUGGGGCUUGUGGCAUAUAGUCAAGGACAAGGAGCUUUUUUGAAGGCUAUCGACAUUUCCUUAAGAGGAAAAACAGCUGAAAAUACUCUGCGCUGCUGGGAAGAAGGCAUUAACAUUGUAGGUGCAGAGAAUGUUAUCAUGGUUGUGACCGAUGGGGAAAAUGCAAACAGAGCAGCAGCAGCACUUUUGCAACAGAGGUACCCGAAAAUUCAAUGGGCAGCAUGUUUUGCCCAUUGCUUGAACAAUGCCUUGAAAGACUUCGGUGUACUUCCAUGGAUGGCAACACUUCUGGAGCGUGGAAAGUCUUUGGUGAUCUUCGUUAGAAACCACUCUCAUAUAGUGGCACUGCUGGCGGAGUUUACUCACAAGCGAUUGCUGCGUUAUUGUGAUACCAGGUUUGGCUACAACUUCAUUAUGAUGGAGAGGCUGGUGGAGCUCUGA